ACACGAUUACAUUUAGAACAGCACCCUGAGAAAGUCAUAGAUUACAUGAUCUUCAGAAAUGUCCGCAACAUCGCCGAACUGAUAACCUUACUAAAGUCCGGUAAAAUGAACUCCGUGAUCCUCAGCGAGAACAUGAUAGUUUCACCUUUACAUCUCGCAGUGGCAGCUAACAGAGCACUUCAUAACGAGAAGAAUAAAGCGAUGAAAACAAAAAGCAUCAACACGGAGAUAAUCCUGUGUUUGUCACCCAACAACAACAUUUCACAGAGCCUAACCCGUUUUGGACUCAAUGUUAAUAGUUAUAACGUCAUUUCUUUAUCAAUCGCUGAUUCGACUGGCGAGUUAUCAGAGAAAACACAGGAUUUGAAAUCGAAGGUAAAAGCAGAUUUAGUGAAUGAUUGUCGAGGGUUUCAGUACGAUGAUUACGAGGUUUAUGAUGUGUAUGGUAUCUCAAAGGAGGAACUCUCCGUGGACUCGCUUGAAAACUCUGUCAUAACCAGGAUCGCCACAAAAGUGUAACUGCGUGAACUGUGCCUGAAAAUUUGCCACGAUAUUUAUGUAACGCGCGGAGGUUAUAAUCUUUUAUUGUACCCGCGCACGUACGUCGCGUACGUACCUCCUGUCUCGAUUGCAUUGGACAUCCAAUUUAAAUUAUUAACGAACGAAAUUCAAAUUUAAUAAAUUUGUAGCCCCAGACUGUGUGACAACUUGUUUGAUUUAAUUUUGACGCGGGCGGCGGGUAUGGGUUUCAUUAUUCGAUUGAAUUCGAUGAAUAGUAUAGUACUACCCGGUGAAAUACAAGAGAUGAUCAAUUUAAAAUUCUUAAAAAGCAUGGCUUUUUUGUGGUUACUGAUUACAGAUUAAAAAGCUCAACAAGGAGCUCGAUGAAUGUUGUAUGUUAAACGAAAUGAUAUUUGUGCCACGACUAUUUGAAGGGUAAUUGUGGGGUGCGAUGCAUAAUAUAUUGUAAUGUGGUUUCUUGGCUUAGAAAGAUUGGUUCGAUACUGAGCAUAGUCCUCCAAUCUUUGAUGAAAUGUUCGCGAGGUUUCAAUGUUGCAUGCUCCUUGGAGCCUUUAUUCGGGUUGUUUUGAAUUUCGGUUGGAGUAAUUACAAGUAUGGCUAUUUUAUGUUAGCGGUCAGUGUUUUGAAAUUGCAAUUAUUUAUAAUUGUGCAUUAUUAUAAUAUUCUAUAUUUGAAUUGUA